UGAAGGUAUAAAUGAUGGGAGUGCCAUGCAGCUGCCGGAGCAAACGCUGAGCUCAAGCCUGUGGGACUGGAGCAGUGCCUCAUAGCAGAGGGAGACCUGCCACAUCAGAGGUGCCACCCAGGGGUGAAGGAUGCUGCUCUGGGUGUUCUUCCUCGUGGUCCUCACUCUCAGCAGUGAUGCCCACUGCUCCCCACCGUCUCUGCCCCUCAGGACACGGCGGUAUGCAGAUGCCAUCUUUACCAACAGCUACCGGAAGGUGCUGGGCCAGCUGUCUGCCCGCAAGCUACUCCAGGACAUCAUGAGCAGGCAGCAGGGAGAGCAAAACCAGGAGCAAGGAGCAAGGGUGCGCCUUGGCCGUCAAGUGGAGAGCAUGUGGGCAGACCAAAAGCAGAUGGCAUUGGAGAGCGUCCUGGUGGCCCUGCUGCAGAAACACAGGUAGGAAUACGUGUGUGCGUGUUUAAGGACCUCAGAGGCUUCCUUCCAUGCGGGUUGCCAGGAAAAGAAAAGAAUC